GAAAGUGGAAUUCCCGCCAUACACCGGGAAAAGCAACCGCUAAAUAUAACUGCCGCGUUUCGACACAAAACAAAACACACACACAUAUGAUUAGCAGGAACAUAAGCAGCUGCCGCGCGCCACAAUUUGAUCGGAAUUUCUUCCUCGGACUUCUCAACAAGGCGACCUGUCUCUCUCACCUGACCCAGACCCACGCGCAGAUCAUCCUCAAUGGUUACCAAAACGACCUCGCCACCGUCACCAAGCUCACCCACAAGUUCUCCGACCUCAAGGCCAUGCGCAACGCACGUGACCUCUUCCUCUCCAUCCCAAGACCCGACCUUUUCCUCUUCAACGUCGUCAUCCGAGGCUUCGCUGCCAAUGCCGCGCCUUUCUCUGCGAUUUCUCUCUACACCCAUUUGCGGAAGAAUACUAAUCUUAAACCCGACAAGUUUACCUACGCUUUCGCCGUGUCGGCCGCUUCGGGGUUUAAGGACGAGAAAUAUGGGAUUUGGCUGCACGCCCAUUCGAUUGUUGAUGGGUUAGGAUCGAAUUUGUAUGUCGGGUCGAUUGUUGUUGACUUCUACUUCAAGUUUUCCCGGGUUGAGCUAGCACAGAAGGUGUUUGAUGGAAUGCCCGAAAAGGACACGGUUUUGUGGAAUACGAUGAUAUCUGGGUUGGUGAGGAAUUGUUAUUACGCCGAUUCGAUGCAGGUUUUUGGAGAUAUGGUUGGGGGUGGGAUGGGUUUUGAUUCGACGACUUUGGCAACCGUGCUUCCUGCAGUGGCAGAGUUGCAGGAGUUGAAAUCAGGGAUAGGAGUUCAUUGCUUGGCUCUCAAGGCUGGAUAUCAUUCAGAUGUUCAUGUGCUUACAGGAUUGGUUUCGUUGUAUUCGAAAUGUAAGGAGCUAGAGACAGCAAGGUUGUUAUUUGGGCACAUUAGUCAGCCGGAUUUGAUAUGUUAUAAUGCAAUGAUUGCUGGAUACACUUGGAACAAUGAGACCGAAUCAUCUGUUAGUCUUUUCAGGGAUUUGCUUGCUUCUGGAGAGAAAGUUAAUUCAAGCACAAUUGUUGGGUUGAUUCCUGUGUCUUCUCCCUUUGGUCAUCUGCAUCUCACUGGCUCUCUUCAAACCUUCUGUGUGAAAUCUGGUAUUGUUUCGCAUCCUUCUGUCUCGACUGCGUUUGUUACUGUUUAUUGUAGACUGAAUGAGAUUGAAUUGGCACGACAGCUUUUUGAUCAUUCCAAGGAGAAAACUUUGGCAUCUUGGAACGCCAUGAUCUCGGGUUAUACCCAAAACGGGCUGACGGAGACUGCAAUAUCUCUUUUCCACGAAAUGAUGUCUGAAUUCAAUCCAAACCCUGUUACAGUUACAAGUAUUCUUUCGGCCUGUGCUCAGCUCGGAGCCAUAAGUCUUGGGAAAUGGGUCCAUGGUUUGAUUAAGAGUAAAAAUCUUGAGUCUAACAUCUAUGUAUUGACUUCUCUAGUUGACAUGUAUGCAAAGUGUGGGAGCAUUGUGGAAGCUCGGAAGUUAUUUGACUUGAUGACAGAGAAAAAUGUGGUUACUUGGAAUGCCAUGAUAUCUGCUUACGGCCUUCAUGGUGAUGGGCACGAAGCACUAAAACUCUUUACAGAGAUGUUGCAUUCUAGGAUUUCCCCAAGCGCGGUUACUUUUCUAUCCGUCUUGUAUGCUUGUAGCCAUGCGGGCUUGGUGAGAGAAGGUGAAGAGAUCUUCGAUCAUAUGGUUCACAAUCAUGGCUUUGAGCCCUUGCCCGAGCAUUAUGCCUGCAUGGUUGACAUCCUUGGCAGAGCUGGAAAGUUAGAGAAGGCGUUGGAAUUUAUAAGGGAAAUGCCAGUUGAGCCAGGUCCUCCCGUUUGGGGUGCAUUGCUUGGUGCUUGCAUGAUUCACAAGAGCACCGAACUGGCGCGUGUGGCUUCUGAAAGGCUAUUUGAACUGGACCCAGAUAAUACAGGAUAUUAUGUCUUGCUCUCCAACGUAUACUCAGCUGACAGGAACUUUCCGAAGGCUGCUUCAGUACGACAGGUAGUUAAGAAUAGAAAUUUGGCAAAGACUCCGGGAUGCACUCUCGUUGAGAUUGGUGAGACCCCGCAUGUGUUUACAUGUGGUGAUCGAUCUCAUCCUCAAACAACGGCAAUCUACAGGAUGCUGGAUGAGUUAAUGGGAAAAAUGCAGGAGGCUGGAUUUCAGACUGAAACUGUGACUGCUUUGCAUGAUGUUGAGGAGGAAGAGAAGGAGUUAAUGAUGAAGGUUCAUAGUGAGAAGCUGGCCAUUGCUUUUGCGCUGAUUGAAACAGCACCCGGGACAGAAAUUAGAAUCUUUAAGAAUCUCCGGGUUUGUUUGGAUUGCCAUAAUGCAACUAAAUUUAUAUCCAAGAUCACAGAAAGAGUUAUUGUAGUUAGAGAUGCUAAUAGAUUCCAUCAUUUCAAAGACGGAGUUUGUUCCUGUGGAGACUAUUGGUGACAAAAAGUUAUCUGCACCGGUAUGCAAGCAUCAAGUUCUGCAGUUUCAUGUUGCUUCCAUGUGGUAAAACUGGAGAGUCACUUCAUCAAUAACUUUCACAGCUUAAGAAGGAUACUGAAGGACAUUCUUCGCCGAAAAAUAGAUGAAGCUGAACCCCGUCCGAUACUCUGUCAUGGAACGACUAAAUUACAGGAAACACAGGAAAGACUUGUUUCAACACUCUCUUCCUAGUGUACGUCCGGCAAGCACCUGUAGCAUAUAUCCUGCACUGUAUUCUGAUUCACCUGGCUAUUCAGUACAAACCUCGACGAUCUACGAGAUAUUACAUUCUUGAUCUGGUGCUCAUUUUUCAAUAGCAAAUUAUUUUGUAUUUUAUUUGGUGAUAGCAUUUUUAACUUCAGAAUAGAAGAAAUUGUUCAAAUAAGCUCACUGCAUCGAAUUUUCGAUGCUUAUGUUUCUUA